AAGGGAGCAGGCACAGGCAGGCAAGCAGUUGCCCUUGCCCAAGCCAAAUCCUGGUGUUCCCUCCAACCCACCCAGGCAGGCAGCAGCGGGGUGGGGGGCGCUCUCUCCAACCUAUCCAGGCAGGCAGCAGCUUCUCCAGGGGCUUCGGUCAAGAAGGGACUCAGACCACGGUGCUGGGUAGUGGGGUAGAAUGCUGCCUGCCGAGUCCGACCCCGUCUCCAGGAUACUGUCAGCAUGGGUAGCCUUCUCCUACCGAAGUGAUGCUGGAGAGAACUCGCGGCGAGUUACUCGCCUGUUGUCCGUUACGGUCAGAUCGCUUGAACUGAUUGUUUUUAAAUAAUGGAAGCCUUUUAAAAGAAAUUGAGAAGCCGCAUCCCCUCUUUCCAGAGCAGGCUGCAGAAGCCGGAGUAGCCAGGCAGCAGGGCAUGGCUUUUGGGUUAGAGGUGGAGAGAAAAGGAGCUAGCACUUGCCUGCACCGAGUGGACUAGAAGACCGCUGAGGCCCCUUCUGUGGGUCUGGGAUUCUAUGGCCUGUCCUGCCCCCCACCUGAAAACCCAGGUGCUAAUGUGUUUGGUGCUGCUCGUGUGUUUUGACUCUAGUCUAAAUGUUGGCGACCCGCCACAGCUCAGCAGUCCUGCCCCUGAUCGGAAGGCCGAAGGCCCUCACAGGUUCCAUCCCUGGCACACGCGGCUUCUCCGGGGAAAGAACCCGCCUGAAGCUCUGAGGAGCUGAGCUGCUGCCAGUCGGUGCUGACUUCCGUGGUGGUGGAGGAAGGGUCGGGCUCAGCAGGCAGCAUUCCAUACCACCAGCCAGCACCGUGGAAAUAGCAGGGUAGGGUCCCUUCUUAGCCGAGUCCCCUGCAGAAGCAGCCGGGGGGGGGUGGGGUUGGAGGAUCCGACUUGGGUAAGGGAAACUGCCUGCUUGCUUGCCGCAAGUUGCCUGCACUCUUUUUCUCUCUUCCUCUUUGGGCAGGCCGAGGCUGCCGCCGCAUUGAGUGAGAAGAGCUUCCUGAUCCCGCGCGCCUGCGCAGAGGAGCCUAGUGGGAGGGGGAGGAGUCCGGCGCCAUCUUGGAGGCGCCGCUUGUUCUCCUUUUCCAUCCCGGCGGCGGUUCCCCGCCGGCCUUCCGUGAAGCCCCGGACCCGUAACGGAGAAGAAGAGGGGAGGUUUCGGCGAUGGGCCGAGGCUGCCGCCGCAUUGAGUGAGAAGAGCUUCCUGAUCCCGCGCGCCUGCGCAGAGGAGCCUAGUGGGAGGGGGAGGAGUCCGGCGCCAUCUUGGAGGCGCCGCUUGUUCUCCUUUUCCAUCCCGGCGGCGGUUCCCCGCCGGCCUUCCGUGAAGCCCCGGACCCGUAACGGAGAAGAAGAGGGGAGGUUUCGGCGAUGGCAAGCCUAGAGGGUUUCGAGUCCACAUCAAGGAAGAAAACAAGGCCUGGCUGAUUUGCAGCAGGUGACGGCUAGGAGAGUGAGGAGGAAGGAAGGCCCCACCCAUGACUGUGCAGAGGGAUCAGACGGGAAAAGAGGGAACAACAGAAGGAAAACCUUAAGCAAAGGAGAAGAACAAGAAGGGACCUUCUGCUUCCCAGCAGGGUGGCAUCUAUAAAACAAUAAUCUGAAAAAUAUCAGGGGAAAGAAGUCCCUGCCCUGAGAGUAGCAAAAUCUUCCAUUCCGAACCAAGCUUUCAGUGAGAAAGUGAACACAAGUGAGAAAUGAACACAAGGGGGAAACCGCAUAAAUGCUUGGAGUGUGGAAAGAGCUUCAGUGCGAGUUCCCACCUCACUUCACAUCAAAGAACCCACACUGGAGAGAGACCAUAUAAAUGCUUGGAAUGUGGAAAAAGCUUCACUGUAAAUUCCUCCCUCAUUUCACAUCAAAGAACACAUUCUGGAGAGAAACCACAUCAGUGCUUGGAGUGUGGAAAGAGCUUCAUUGACAGUGGAAAUCUUACCAAACAUCAAAGAAUACACACAGGUGAGAAACCAUAUGAAUGUUUGGAGUGUGGGAAAAGCUUCAGGGUGAGUUCCCACCUUACUUCACAUCAAAGAACCCACACUGGAGAGAAAAUAUAUCAGUGCUUGGAGUGUGGAAAGAGCUUCAGCAGGAGUGGAACUCUCACUAUACAUCAAAGAACCCACAGUGCAGAGAAACCUUAUAAAUGCUUAGAUUGUGGGAAGAGCUUCAUUGUGAGUUACUGCCUCACUUUACAUCAAAGAACCCACACUGGAGAGAAACCGUAUCUAUGCUUUGAAUGUGGAAAGAGUUUCAGUGACAGUGGAUCACUUACUGUGCAUCGAAGAAUCCACACUGGAGAGAAACCAUAUCACUGCUUGAAGUGUGGAAAGAGCUUCAGUGACAAUGGAUCACUUAUUGUACAUCAAAGAAUCCAUACUGGAGAGAAACCUUAUAAAUGCUUAGAGUGUGGAAAGAACUUCAGUGUAAGUUCCUCCCUCACUUCACACCAGAGAACCCAUUCUGGAGAGAAACCAUAUCAGUGCUUGGAGUGUGGAAAGAGCUUCACUGACCGUGGAAAACUUAGCAGACAUCAAAGAACCCACACUGGAGAGAAACCAUAUCACUGCUUGGAGUGUGGAAAGAGCUUUACUGAUAGUGGAUCCCUUACUGUUCAUCAAAGAAUACACACUGGAGAGAAACCAUAUAAAUGCUUGGAGUGUGAUAAGCGAUUCAGUGACAGUGCAAAACUUAACAAACAUCAAAGAACUCACACUGGUGAGAAACCAUAUCACUGCCUGGAGUGUGGAAAGCGCUUCAGUAGCAAUGGAUCACUUACUGUGCAUCAAAGGACCCACACUGGAGAUACACCAUAUCAGUGCUUGGAGUGUGGAAAGAGCUUCAGUGGGAGUGACUACCUCAAUUUACAUCAAAUGACUCACACUGGAGAGUAACCUUUUAAAUGCUUGGAGUGUGGAAAGAGCUUCAGCACCAGUGGAAAUUUUAAUCGGCAUCAAAGAACCCACACUGUGUAGAAACUACAUCCGUGCUCAGAGAGUGGAAAGAGCUUCAGCCAGAACGGGAAUCCAACUAAACGUCAAAGUACCCACAGUGGAAAUGGGGAUUUCUGUUUUAGAAUUUCAAUUGGAAGUAAAGAAACCAUUUGCAAUUUGAAAGAUUUCAUUUUAAACAUUAGCCAUUUUAUUUUAUAAUGGCCAUAUAUGGUAAGCUUGAAUCAUAGUACAUUUGAAUCUGAAAGGAUCUUCUGCUUUCUGGGGGCAUCAUGUUGUUUUAGAUGUAUCCUUGAGUGAUUAAAACCCCUUGAGAGCAAUAAAAGUGAAAAGGAUUAA